AUUUAUCUAUGUUUACGAAUAAUACAUCGGUCACAGUGAUAAAGUCACUAGAUAUAUAAUCAGGAUACAUCACUAGUUUACUUUGACAUAUUGACAUUGGAAAAUAUCUCUAUUUGAGGUUAUUUUAUAUAAAACGGUGGUCGAUGGUGUAAUUAAUUUUUUUUUAAAAUUGAAUAUUUUCCCAUCAUGUCCGUUGAAGAAAAAUUGAAGCAAGGACCAAGGGAAGGAGUUACAUACCCUUUAAAUGUUAUCUAUUGUGGUAACUGUACAAUGCCAAUAGAGUAUUGCGAAUAUUAUCCAGAAUACGAAAAAUGUAAACAAUGGUUAGAAGUAAACUUGCCUUCGGAAUUUGAAAAAGUAAAAAUUGGGGACGACAAUCCAGUCGAGGAAGAAAAGAAACGACAAAAACGUGGGGGCAAAGGUAUGAUUAAAACUAAGAAAAAGGAAGAUGGUCCAAAACAAGUUUGUGUAUCUAGGGCUCCGAGAGGCAAAAAGAAGUCAGUUACUGUAGUUACGGGUUUAAGUAGUUUUGAUAUUGAUUUGAAGGUUGCUGCGAAAUUCUUUGGUACAAGAUUCGCAUGUGGUUCUUCUGUAACCGGUGAUGAUGAGAUUGUUAUUCAAGGUGAUGUCAAAGAUGAUUUAUUCGAUGUUAUUCCAGAAAAAUGGCCAGAAAUUGAUGAAGACUUUAUAGAAGAUUUAGGUGACCAAAAAAGAUAAUUUUCGAAAAAUUUAUGUGAAAUUGCUAUACUUUUCUCAUUUUCUCUCUCCCUUCAAUGAAAAUUUCAAGUUUUUAUUGAUAUUUCUGAAAUUACCAUUAAAAUACAAAUGAUUUAGAUAUUCAAAUAUUACUUGUAACAAAAGGAAAAUAAAUAAGAAUAAAUAUCUUUUUAUUAAUAAUAAAAUAUAUUUAAUGUUAUUUAUUCCAGUUCUUCUUCAUUAUCUUCCUCUACUUUUUCCUUGACGACAUAAGGAAAGUGCUUUGCUACAAUUUCUAAUAUAUCUUGGACUUGUUCUUCUGUUAAUCUUUCUUCACUUUCUUCUACCAUCUGAAAAUAAAUUAUAAAAAUAACAAAA